AUGGCUAGGACUCAGUCGCUCCCCGCGCACCAGCCCGACCCCACCCAGAUCAGCCUUACGCGCUUACUCGAUCGUCUGCAAACCGCCCUCCUCUCGCCCGAUGCCGACCCGAAGCUGCGAACCUCCAGCUUCGAGCGCACCAAAGUCGGCGCUAACCUUGAAUAUGCCCGCUCGCUGCUGCUGCGCCUCGAGCACGACACGGCCGGCGUGAAGAUCCAGUCGCGCAAGCAAGCCCAGCAGGCCGACCUGCACGCGAAGCGGGACCUCAUCAGACAGCUGAACCAGCGCCUGCACGAUCUCAACCAGCUCGAUGACGACGCCGCCGACGAUGAUAUCAGCUCCUCCUCCUACGACGAUGACGACGACGAGGAGGACGCGCCCCCUCCCAGCUACGCGCCCGCGCACCGCAACACCGCCGCCGGGCUGAACGUCGAGCACAACCCGGGCAACCAGGCGCUGCAGGACGCCGCCGAGAACAUCCUGCGCUCCCGCCGCCCGGGGCAAGCCGAUCCUCCCUCCUCACGCAGCAAGCAGGACGCGGCCGCCGCCACCGCCACGGGCUCGUCGCUCUUCUCGGGCUCCAAAAACGCCGGUGCCGAUCCCACGCUCCAACGGUCGGAGAAGCUGAUGUCGCACAACCGCUCGGAGCAGGAGACGCUGACGGGCUCGCUGCUGGACAUGGCGCAGCUGCUGAAGCAGCAGACGAUGCAGUUUGGCAGCUCGCUGGAGGCGGAGAAGGACAUUCUGGACCGCGCGGGCAAGGGCCUCGACACGAGCGCGCAGGGCAUGGAGGCUGCGGGGCAGAGGAUGGGCACUUUGAGGCGGAUGACGGAGGGGAAGGGUUGGUGGGCAAGGAUCAGGCUGUACGGCAUUAUCGGCGCUUUGUGGAUGGCCUGCAUUCUGAUCAUGUUUGUCAUGCCGAAGCUGAGGUUCUGA